UCCAACUAAGAAAAAGCUACAAAUAGCCGCAGCACACACCAAACUCGCGACUUAGAAUUUAGAAUCAAUCAAAAAAUUGAACUCUCGCAAAGCUUACUUUGAAAAAAAAAUAUUCAUACAAUUACGAAACAUCAUUCAUGGGUAAUUGUUCUUCGUUCGAUUCGUCGUAUGUUGAAACUGCUAAGGUUGUCGUACACGACGGUACCAUGAAGGAAUUCUCCUACGCCGUUAAGGUUUCUUAUCUUUUACAAUUAUACCCCGGGUGUUUCAUAUGCGAUUCUGAUGAUAUUGGAUUCGACGACGUCGUUUUACCUAUGCAUGAAGAUGAGGUUUUGUUACUUGGCCAGCUUUAUUUCGCGUUGCCGUUGAACCGGUUGAGACGGCCGUUACCGGUGAGGGAAAUUGCUGCGUUGGCCGUGAAGGCUAGCUCUGCGAUUAAUAAAUGUGGGGCCGGAGGGAAAGUUGGGUGUCGACGGAAACGGGUUGUGAUGUUCUCAGGUGAAGGGAAGGGGAAGUCUGGCCGGAGAGUGUCGCCGGAACAUGGUUGUGGGGAUGUUGGUGUUGGUGUUGGUAGGUCUAGGAGUGGAAGAAGGGUGAAUUAUGGUGGUGGUAGAAGGGAGUUUGUGGCGGAGUUGAGUUGCAUACCGGAGUAGGGGUAGUUUCGGAAGAAAAUGAUUAAAUCAUUUUGUAUAUAUAUUCAACCAAAAAAAAGAAAAAAGAAAAAAAAAAUCAUUUGUAACAUUGUAGAGAUUUUUCUUUUAACAUAGAUCAGAAUAGAUUAGAUGAAUCAAAUCCAGUUUUCUCA